AUGUCGGACAAAAUGGAAAUGGAAGAUAAUCCAGACAAAAUUCGAAAGCGUCAAUCAAUGCGCAUGCAUCUGAAGCGUGCGGUCUAUCAUGCCGCAGCUCUUGAAAUGCUCGUUAGGAAUAACAGCAGGUGCGAUGCGCCUACAAAACUAGAGGCGCAAGCCUACGCUGUAUGGCUUGCCGGUGUGUGCUCAUUUGAGCUGCGGAAAUGGUCUGAGGCAUUUGAACUGUUGAAGACUGCUCGAACGGUCUAUGAGCGGUUAGCAGAAGCCACACACAACACGACUUUGGCCAAUUUGUACAAAGCAAGGCAAUAUUUUCUUUUUGGUUUUAGGUGUCGUGAAAUCCAACCCCAAAUUCGACUAUGCGAGUUCAGCUGUGCUGAUGCCACCGCGCAACCGGUUGAUGGAAUGAUGAACGAACUAAUGGAGAUACGCGCUCAGGGUACAGAUAGCGAAGCUGUCGAUCGCCUCAUUGCCGAAAUGCGCUCAAAGGCUACAUGCGACGACGUGGUAGUGGUUGAGUGGGGUGGAUUCAAGUCAACGGUAGAAGACGAUAAGGCGCGACAAGUGGUACAAGGUUGGCGACAAGUCCACAAUGAGCUCGCGCAGUGCGAAACUCCUAAGGAAAGGAUGAUGUUGUAUGAGAAACAGCUUUCUGAUACGCGUGACGCACUUGAGCGGAUAUCUGAUCUGAUUCGUAGAAAGGCAUCUGAUAAUGUCGACUCAUCGGCAUUACAAACAAUCAAAUCGUACCUGGAAUCGCUUAAAAUGGUUGGAACGGCGUCUCGCUACUUGGCACUGAUUGAGAAUACGAAAGCCGAAAAGAAAACGAAACCUCAGGAUUUGUUGCGCUUGUAUGAUUCCGUGAUCGAAGUUUUCAAAGAGCUUCUUCAGUUGCCGGGUGUAGAAUAUGACAAAGACCUCACUCAAGCGACUACUGCAAAGAUUGAGUACUACAAAGCUUUCAGAUGUCAUUACAUGGCUGCUGCGUAUGCAGCAUUGUCUCGUUUUGGCGAGGCUGCUGCGCUUUUCGACAGAGCUCUUUACCGUUGCAAGGAAGCUAGGAACUUCGUAUCAAAGCUCAAAGGGAAUCCCUAUCUGGUAGAAGAAACUGAGGAUUCGCUCCAUGAACUUGGUCGCGAUAUUGAGCAAGCGCGUAUUGCAGCAAGAGCCAAGCGUUUAGCAGCAGCAGCCGGUAUCGUCGAAGAAACAGAUGAGCAGACAGCACGUGACAUUGAUGACAGACCUCUCAUGGACACGCUGACGGAGUGGCGGCAAUGGGACGUGGCUACUGCUUUGCGCGAGAAACGCACGAUUCCGAUAGCAGAAAUGCCUCCGCCAUUUAUACUGAUGCCAAACAAACCUAUAUUCUUCGAUCUGGCAUUGAAUCAUGUCAAGAUGCCUGAUCUCGAAGAACGGCUGGCAAAGUGUAUGGAAGGCGUAAAAACAACUCCUGUUUCUAAAAAAGCAGCAGAGGCAGCGAAAGCAGCCGGUGCAAAAGCCGAGGAUCAAACUGGUUUGUCUGGAAUGGUCAAAGGGUGGAUUUGGGGAAAGAAAUAA